AUGGACGUCGUGCUCGGCCACGAGUUCUUUGGCGGCCAGCCCGAGCUCAUCCGAAACACGGGCAACCGCGGCUUUGGGGGCCGGAGCCAGAGCGCAGAGGCCUUCCUUCUCCAACGCCGCCAGACGCCCGCCCCCCCGCCCCCGGCGGUGAACGAGCGCUCGGCGGUGAACGAGCGCAGCGCUCUCGUUAACCGCCGGGGCGGGCGCCUGAGCCUGGUGAUAAAGCCUGGCUACGCGACCAUCGAGGUCGACCUGAAGCACGAGAAGGCCGCGGGCGACCGCGAGUCGGUGCAGGCGGCGGAGCGCUCGUACAUCGAGCGCACCGCGCCGAAGAAGAAGGAGCUCACCAAGGAGCAACUUGCGGCAAAGGCCGCGGCUCGCAGGGCCAAGAAGACCCGGCAGAAGGCGCGCCGGGCGAAGGAGGCCGGCGAGCGCGCGGCCGCGAGCGAGGCCGAGCGCACGGACUGCCCGCACGCGCAGCUACGCCACGAGUCCGACUCCAACUUUAGACGUUGCCCCCGCCGGCGAGUCCGCGCGGCCCAGGCCGGCCAGAAGGUCGCCCGGGACUGGCUCGCCAACGAGCUCUACGAGCCGUCCCGGCGCGGCAAAAUUGAUGCGGCCUGUAGGGACCGAAAGAUCGCCGACCUGAUCACGGCUGCCGGCGCCUCGGCGCCGGCCGACGCCGUGUUCGGCGGCAGGUUCGCGACGGGCGAGACGCCCCGCCUGACGACCUCCGCCUCCGAGGCGGACAAGGGCGACGGCGUCGGCGGCGAUGGCGGGACCGGCGUCCACUUUGACCUUUUCGAGCCGGACCCCACCCCCAUGGAGGAUCUCUGA